CCGCGAUCAGUCGUUGUCGGUAGCUUAGACGGUUCGGAAGUUUUUACGAGCUGCCGUCUUUUGGUUUUCAGGAGGUUCGUCGCUUCAGCUUUUUUGAGUCUCCAAGACUCUCGCUCUCUGGCUCUGGCUUGAUGCACUCACACGUCGCGAAUGAUGCAGUCGUCGUAAUUUUUGCUGGUGCAUGUGGAAAACAAGUUGUUGGACAAUAGUGUAGUGUCACUAAACUGUGUGUACGAAAAAUAAAUAUUACAUAAUGUUAAUAUUGGCAUCGUGUGCGGUUAUUGAAAUGCGUCGAUCGUGGUUCACUUGAGGGUCUCUCGCGUAGUGUGUGGCUGUGACAAUUUAUUGUCCUCGAAAAACCAAAGUGCUCUUCCCGUUUGAGGCGUUAAAUAACACCGUCAAAAAUAUACCGUAUAAUUUGUUCAACUUGGGCCCCUAAAAGCCGUUAGUAGAUUUUUCGGGUUGAUUACGAGUUCGGUUAAAAAAACAACAACAAAGAGAGUAAAGUACCGAAAAGAGUGUUUUGUGAAGCCGAUGCAAUAAUAUUUCAAGUGAAAGCAACCAUGUGAAAGCAGAUAUUCGCCCCGUGUCUUUGCCCGUUUUUUUCCUGCCUCGCCGUGAGCCGUUCAAAAGAGAAAAAAUCAGUUGUUUACAUUUUUGCGCUAGCUUUUAUUUACUCACUAAAGCUGCCGGAGUUGGUCUCGGAACGGACACUCUUUUAUAUUCCUCCUGCCUUGGCUCGCGAUUGCCCAAUGAACGAUCGCACUUCUGCAGCGCCUAGGUCUAUUCACGCGCCGCGCCACAAAGCGUAAAAAGUCAAAGUUAAGUAGGCUCUGGCUGUGUAAGGGAUGAAAGUACUGGCACGCAGACUGGCUUGCUUGCUGUGCACCUAAAUGAGCGUCUCGACGCGCAGCAGCCACGUUGUUGUCGUCGUCCGCGUCAAACUUGUCGAUCCAAGUGACCAGUGGGAGUAAUCGUGUGUAAUAUCGUGGCAGUAGCUGAAGAGAAACGAUUUCAUUACCCACCGAAGACAGCAUCCCACCACGGCUUGCUACGACCACCUGCCCGUAAAUGAUGUUAUUGGUAAAAGCUCUGCUGGUCUGCAGUUUUACGAUUUUCGCCGAACUCAGACUGAUUGAAGCUUUUCAAAGUAACGAUUUCAUCAACGAUCUGCUAGAGGAACACAGACAGUACGAGGCCGCACAAAAGUCAAUCGCGGAGUGGAGAAGUACACUAACCCGAAACAGGAAAAAGCGCGCUGACAAAGUUGUCUGCUAUGGCGAGCUGGGCUGCUUCGAGGAGACUGCCUAUCUGGAGAUGCUUCCAUCGUCACCGGAGGAAAUUGACACCAAGUUCUACGUCUAUUCGGCCAAGCACAGGAGUGAGAAACCCAUCUUGGAGUUUUACUACGAUGAGAUUGCCCGGACCAACAACGGAACCGGGGCGUCUCCGCCGGCACCGACGUCGCCGGCCGCUUCCAAAAAAGCCAACGGAACCACUCCCGCCGUCAAACAUCGGUACGACCCGGAAAAGAUCUACGAAAAGUUUGGCAACCUGGAGAACGUAACGGCUCGGGCCAUCAUCCACGGGUUCGGAUCUAGCUGCACGCACGUGUGGGUCUACGAGAUGAGAACGGCUCUGAUGGCAGUGGAAGAUUGCAUGGUGCUCUGUAUGGACUGGGAAAACGGUGCCACGCUGCCAAAUUACGUCCGAGCUGCGGCCAACACACGCCUCGUGGGCAGACAGCUGGCGUACUUGCUUAAGGGGCUGGAAACGCACAAUAGUCUAAACAUGUCUCGAGUUCAUUUGAUCGGUUUCAGUUUAGGUUCUCACGUGGCUGGAUUUGCCGGGACCGAACUGAAGGGUCUGCACAGGAUCACCGGGCUUGAUCCUGCUGGGCCACUAUUCGAGGCGCAACAUCCACACGCCCGAUUGGACGAUUCCGAUGCCGGAUUCGUGGAUGUGAUCCACUCGAACGGAGAGAAUCUGAUCCUAGGGGGGUUGGGGUCGUGGCAGCCGAUGGGAGCCGUCGAUUUCUACCCCAACGGAGGCCGAGUCCAGCAUGGCUGCUCGAAUCUGUUUGUCGGCGCUGUCACUGACAUUAUUUGGGCACCCCCAGCCUCCGUGGAAGGACGUUCCCUGUGCAACCAUCGCAGGGCGUACAAAUUCUUCAUCGACUCCGUUGCGCCAAAGUGUCUCUUCCCGGCGUUCCCUUGCGACAACUACGAAAACUUCCUCAAGGGCGAGUGCUUCUCGUGCACUCGGAUCGAGAACGGGACCGAAACGUCGGUUUGCGGAAACAUGGGCUACUAUGCGGACCGUUCCGUGGGCCGUGGCCAGUUGUAUCUGAAGACUCGCGAAGAAGAACCGUUCUGCGCGCACCAGUACAAGUUGCAAAUUCUCAGCUCCCAAAACGAGCUGCCCUUGCGGACGCUAGGCCGACUCGAAGUCGAGCUGGAAAGCGACGGAGGACUGACGGAAGUGUUUACCAUUACGGAAAAGGACGAUGCGGAAAUAUUAGCCGGAGAAAUGAUCUCCCAAAUACUCGUACCACACCCGGCACUUGGUUUUCCCAAAAACAUUACCCUCACCUAUCUCGCCUACAAAGGCUGGCUAACACGAGGCCUUUCGUCGUGGAGCAUCGAGAAAAUUAUCUUGAGCGACGGAUUUGGGAAAAGGUUUUCAUUUUGCAAACCCAUGCAUUUAGACUCGAACAAACCGGUCCACAUGACGUUGGUACCGGGAGAGUGCGAAGAAGACGAAGAUUACAGUCACGGCCCGACCGAUGAGAAUCAAUCGACGGAUUCCCCCGAAGACAGUGACGAGGGCGAUGACUACGACAACAACACAUCGAAGGGACAAAGUAACGAACGCAAUGAUAUAAAUCCUCAUUCAUACUCACAAAGUAGCUUCCGCGGCAAAGGGACCAGCGACCACGACAAGAACCUCGACAACCAACCGUGGCAACCGAUCGUGAUCGAUCUACCGCGGAGUUAUCGUAACACCGACCCGAACGGUUCAUAUCCGGUCUACGUGACUCCGUCGACGACGACGAUGAGCACACCGACCACGUUACGGGUUAUCAGCGAACCGGUCCUGAAGCGAGGUCAGCACGAACCUCGUCGACUGCUGAACAAAACCAACGACCGCAGCAGUGACAAACGCUCGAUCGAGACAACUUCCAGCGGUAAGAACAAUAUCACCGGCGCGAUCGUACCGCCGCCGCCGCCACCUACCGAGAACAAGAUGAUCACCGUUCAACUGUUUCCUUAUCGGUUCGCCAAUGUCUUUGAAAAGGCCGAACGUUACGCAAGACUGACCUUGUUGCCAUUACUUACGGAACAAUUUCCACAAUUUUUCAAGUCAAAAUCCGACGUACAACCUCCCCCAAUAGAAAAUGUAGAGUUCAACCAGACAGAACCGGUGCCCACGAUCUACAAGACGAACCGAACCGAAGACAUGCUGGUACCAGCUGCCAGCAGACGGGUUGACACGCACGUAGACAUUCUGGCCACCAGAGGCGAAUCGUUGGGCGAACAGAGAAACUUCAACGGGCCGGAAAAGAUUGAUAUUUUACCUCCAAGUACUCGCAAAGCGUUCAUCAGUGAGGAUGCACUGUUCCGGAUGCACCGGAUAGAGGAAUCCAGUGGAACCGUGGACCCUUCCAGCGUGGACAGGGAAACUCCAGAGGACUCCAUCCGAAUCGACUUGCCAACCUUUAAACCACCUAAAGCAAAGAUGAUGCCGCUGGUUGACCAACAGCGCUUCAUCCCACUCAACUAUGAAAACGGUAACAGUGUGAAAGAGAGAGAUUCAGCAGUAGCAGUAGCAGCAAGCAACGUUAUGGGUGAUAUAAAACCAAAAGAUAGCACAAGCUGAGGGAGAGAGAGAAUUGAAUGACAGUAUUUAAUAAUGUGUAAUUAGUGAUAAGAGUUAAACUAUGAUUUAAAUAAAUAUAUACGUACUCGAAUACGUUUGUCUUUGAAAA